AUGGCUGCCGUCACCACCUCGCCUCCUACCUCGCCGCCGCCUGCAGGAAAACAGUUUCCGCCUGCGCCAUUGUCCGUCGGAAGCUCUGCCAAGCUUCGCGACGCUCCCAUCUCCCCCGUCCGAGUCAACUUUCAGGACCAUGCAUGGCCCACGCCCUCGAAUGCCAACAUCGAAGAUAGUGCCGACCAUGCCCCUCACAAGCAGCUCACCGACAUGUCUCUCGACACAAAAUUUGUAGACGACACUAUUCCCGCCCAUCCGCGCCUCCAGGAAGCCCACCGCAGCUCUCGCGAAUCCGACGAAUCCAACACCACCUCGCAUGCCCCUGCUUCGCUUCAGUCUUCGGCGCCCACCAGCACCAGCUCCCUCUCCGCCACCCGAGAGACUCCAGACUGCGCUCCCCUCGAGGACUCCUCUGCCGCCUCGGUCACCGAAGAUGUCAUCCCGCGCAACCAGUCGGUUCCUCUUUUCCAGUAUCACCACCAGCAAGACGCUGGCUCUGAUCCUAGCGCCACUUCGACACCAGAUCUGCUCGACAAUGGCGCGCACAUUCGCCGCCACCUCACCCCCACCAUGCAGGCCAUGCGGCGAACCUCGAUGCCUCGGCCGCACUCCUCGUACUCGGUCUACUCAGAAUUUGGGCCUCGCGGCCUCUCCCCUGGUUUAAUACCGGGCAGCCCUCACGCGCGCCCGCCCUCUGGACAGUCGAGAAAGUCGCCCGAUCACCGUCACUCUACGUAUGCCGAGCUUCUCAACGUUCCAUACCCUCAGCAAGCACCCGCACCUCUGACUUGGGACAAUUCCAACUUGCGAAAUGUCGUUGGUAAUAAUGCCUCGCUGCUCAGCGCUCAAAAGACGCUGGAAAUGUAUCGCCAAAACGUCAAGAAGACAACCGACGUGUCCAUUCAGUACUCCUUUGCUGUCUUUCUCAUCUCAACCGCCCAAGAACAGGGUCUGGACUGGACUGAUCCCAAGAAGAAGCUAACCCCCCACCGUGAUCUUGAUAGCCCGGUUGUCGAGGUCUCAGUAGCAUCCCCCGUCGAGCUUGUUCGCGAAGCCAAGCAGAUACUUCAGCGCCUCGCUAAUAACGGCUACCCCUUUGCCCAAUACUACCUCGCUGAUGGUUAUGCUUCGGGCCUCUUCAACAAGGGCAAGCCUGAUUACAACUCGGCCUUUUCACUCUUUGUCCUCGCGGCCAAGCACGGCCACGCCGAGUCGGCCUACCGAACGGCCCUCUGCUACGAGUUUGGCUGGGGCUGCCGCAAGGAUGCCGCCAAAGCUGUCCAGUUUCUGCGAUCUGCCGCCUCGAAAAGCCAUCCCGGUGCCAUGACACGCCUCGGCAAGGCCUGCUUGUCUGGCGAUCUCGGUGAGAAGCGAUAUCGCGAGGGAAUCAAGUGGAUGAAGCUCGCCACCGAAGCCGCCGAUACACAAUACAACGCCGCUCCGUACCAGCUUGGUUGCCUGUAUGAGACGGGCUACGGCGACGAUAUUUUUCAAGAUCCAAGCUACGCCGCCGAGCUUUUUACGCAGGCCGCUGACCUGGGACACCCAGAGGCCAACUAUCGCAUGGGCGAGGCCUACGAGCAUGGGCUGCUCAAUUGUCCCAAGGAUCCAGCAUUGAGUGUGCAUUUCUACACGGGAGCCGCUGAACGUGGCCACGCCGCCGGUAUGAUGGGUUUGUGUGCGUGGUACAUGGUAGGAGCUAUUCCCAUAUUAGAAAAGGAUGAAGAGGAGGCGUAUGAGUGGGCAAGAAGAUCAGCAGAGCUGGGUUUUGUCAAGGCUCAGUAUGCCGUGGGGUACUUUUUGGAAAUGGGCAUUGGAUGCCGGAGAGACAUUCUCGAGGCCAACGUGUGGUAUGUCCGGGCGGCGGACGCGGGCGACGAGCGGGCUAAGCAGCGGCUGGCGGUUAUUCAGGCGGCGAUUCACGGGGGUAAGCCUAUGGAGGUAGCGCCGCGCAAGGGCGGGAAAAAGGACGAUAAGGACUGCAUCGUCAUGUAG